UUAUACGUUAGAUGUGAUGAUGUUGAAAGUGCAAUGUUUUUUAUUAUUUUCAGUAAGGAAUUACUUAAUGAUCCUGUACUUUUUGUGACGUGUGGUCAUACUAUUUGCAAAUGCUGCUUUUCAAAUUCUUGUCCUAUUUGUGGCACGCUUGUUAACAAUGAAGAACAAGUUAAAGAAAAUGCUGAGUUUAAGACCAUACUGGAGGAACUUAAUGUGCUAAAGAAUGUACUGAAAGAUGUCAUAUUAUCAAUGAAAGAAAAUGUUCUUACGGAGUCUAAUGAACAAUCAAAUGUGCUAUCAGGAAAUAAGGAAACACCAGGUCCUCUACAGUGCUCUACUCCUGUAAAUACGAAAAAAAGAUCAUCUACCAAAACAAAAAAUGAUGAAAUUUUACUGAAAGAAAAUUGUGCUCCUGCAGAGUCGAUGUGCUUGAAUGAACAAUUGAAUGUGCUAUCAGAAAAAACAGCAUCGCAUGAAGAUAAUGAAACACCAGUUCCUGUAAAGUGUUCUACUCCUGUAAAUACUAAGAAGAGACCAUCUACCAAAACAAAAAAUGAUGAAAUAUCACUGAAAGAAAAUGGUGCUCCUGCAGAGUCAAUGUGCUUGGAUGAACAAUCGAACGUGCUAUUAGAAAAAACAGCAUCACAUGAAGAUAAAGAAGCACCAGUUCCAAUAAGGUGUUCUACUCCUGUAAAUACUAGGAAGAGACCAUCUACCAAAACAAAAAAUGAUGAAAUAUCACUGAAAGAAAAUGGUGCUCCUGCAGAGUCAAUGUGCUUGGAUGAACAAUUGAAUGUGCCAUCAGAAGAAACAGCAUCACAUGAAGAUAAAGAAGCACCAGUUCCAGUAAAGUGUUCUAGUCCUAUAAGUACAAGGAAGAGAUCAUCUUCCAAAACAAAAGAUGAGGAAAUAUCAUUGAAAGAAAAUGGCAUUCUUUCUAAAUCUAAUAAACAAUCCAACACGUCUGAAAAAACAGUAUCCAAAAAGGUUAAAGAAACACUGGAACCAGUGCAAUGUUCUACUCCUAUAAAUACUAGAAAGAGAUCAUCUUCCAGAAUUUGCAACAAAUUUUCUUGUUGUGAAACCAAAAAUAAGGUAACUCCUGUUAACCAAAGUGAUGUUUCUAAUUCCUCAAUCCAUGAAGGAAGAAAAAAAUCUGAUGCAAGGAAACCUUCUACAAGUUUUUGUCCAGAUAUAGCUCUUCCUCUACCAUCUCCUGCAACAAAUUUAAAUAAAAAAAACCCUAAAGGAGAAACACCGCUACACCGUGCUGUUAUAAGGGGUGAUAUAUCAAAAGUGAAGGAAUACAUAAACCAAGGAGCUUCUGUUAAUACACAGGACAAUAACGGGUGGACACCUUUGCAUGAAGCCAGUAAUCAUGGAUACUUUGAUAUUGCAAAAUUACUUUUAGACCAUGGUGCACUAGUAAAUGUGCCCUCAUUAAAGGACAAUAUCACUCCUCUGCAUGAUGCACUACUUAAUGAUCAAUUGGACAUAGCUAUACUUUUAGCUUCCAGGGGAGCUGAUUUGCAUACAAAAGCUUCUUUUGGAUAUUGUGCUUUAGAUUUGUGUAAAACUGAUGAAACUAGAAGGUCAUUAACUGAGGCCUGUUCUCCUUUUAUUGAAGCCAACACAAUCAUGCCGAUUUCAAAAAAUACAGAUACUGAAUCAGAUAAAAUAGUCUUCUUAUAUUCAAACUUGAAUGAUGAGCAAAAAAUAAAAUUACAGAAGUGUGCCCAACUUUUGAAAGCAGAAAUCGUUGAAGAAUUCAAACCAAAUGUUACCCAUAUUGUGACAGGCUGUGACAACAUGGGGAACUGUACAAGAACCAUGAAAGUAUUACUUGGAAUGAUAUCCGGGAAGUGGUUAAUAAAUUUUCAAUGGGUUGAAGUGUGUUUGGAAUACAAAAAAAAAGUUGAAGAAGAAGUAUUCGAAGUACAGGGUACUAAAAAUCAACCAAAUACUCAGGCACCUGCUCGAGCCAGAAAAAAUACUUUACAAAAAUUUCCCCCUUUGUUUGAUGGAUUUUACUUUUACUUACAUGGUACGUUCUCAAAACCCACUCCUCUCCGCGAAGAUUUGUGCAAUCUAAUACACAUGGGUGGUGGAAAACUGUUAUCAAGGGAACCUAAACCAGAUACGGUUUCAUCCGAGGCAUUCAUGAUGCCUUAUCAUGCUGCUGGCACUUCCUUGGAAAAUAUCAACCAUAUCAUCUUGUAUCAAGACAAGCCUCCACGCAAUGUUCAUCUUAAUUCUGGUCACAUAUGUACAUCACAGGUCAUGUGGCUUAUUUCAUGCAUCAAUGAAUAUUCUUUGUUGCCUCCUAAGCAAGCAAAUGUUGCUGAUUAAUUUUUUAUCACUGUAUGUAUCAGUAACUGUUUUUCAAUGAUGUGAUUAACCGGUGAAUCAUUCCACAUUGAUUUUACUGAAUUUUUUUAAUUACAUACUUGGUGGUGAAAAUUCCUAAUUAAGUUUUUUCCCUACGUGUGUGUAUCAAUUACUGUUUCUCAACAUUAUGGUUUAUAAAAAGUUGACUACUGGAUCAUUCCACAUUGAUUUUACUGCAAAUUUUACUAAAUCUUCAACAUAACAGUAAAAAAAUUAACAGCAUAUAUCCACUGAUUAUGUUCACAGUCACUACAUGUUCAACCUUUAUAUGUUCAUCAGUAACCAUUGAUUUUACUGAAACUUUCUGAUUUUACUGAAACAUUCGAGAAAAAAAAAUUAAAACCUAAGAGGAAAGCUGUGUUAAAUCACAUUUUACUAAAUUUGAGAAAAAUAGAUUUUAAUUGUAUAGAAAUAUCUAGAAAUUAUUUGCAAUUUUUUUCAUUUUUUAUAAACUUGGUAAAAUAAAUUUAAUGUUCUAUACUAAAAGCAAACUUUUAUCAAAUAAUUUAAUAUAUACUAACUUGAUCCUUUAAAAUUAAAUGACAUACUUUAAUACAAGAUACUUGCUAUCUAAAGUUGUCGCUAUCUAGUAUUUAAGUGUAUGCAAAUCCAUAAUUUAUGCAUAUAAUUACAUAAAGUGUUUGUAUAUUUUAUAAGAAAUAUAUUUAAUUUAACAUUGAAAUGUUUCACAAAUUCUUAAUGUAAAAACGUUUUUAGCCAAAAAAGUAUGUUUCUAAAUCUUACUUUAUUUAACAACUUAAGUUCCAACUUAAAUUCCAAAAUAAUUUGCAUUUAUAAAGUUCUUUUUAUAAAAUUUUAAAGACAAAUUUCUUAAAAUUUAAGAAAAUAUGCCUAUUGGUUUUGAAUGUAUUAUUUUGAAAUAAACUUUAAAUUUUUAAAAUUUACAAACAUUUGUCAUUAGGAUAAUUUGUUCUACUAAGUGCUGAUACCUCUUAUUAUUUUUUAAAACAAACAUCAAAAAUUAGGAAAUGAAUCUAUAAAUCCACUAUUUAUCUUUUUUUUUUUUUUUUUUUUUUU